AUGGGCCUGCGUAAACAGCCCCCACCGCGCCUGGAGAACAUUAGCAAGUCAAAUACUCGAUCGGACGCACGCUCACCCAAAUCAGCCAACUCUGCAUCCUCCCACCGCCCAAAUCGUUUGAACCGAUUCCCAUCUGAGGACUCUAUCUAUUCCCCCGAUCUCAACACUUCACCUGCGUUUGAUUUGAUGCCACUGCAGGAGGCACAGCGAUCACCGAUGGGUUCUCCAACCAGCCAACCGCCAACCUCAUGGCCAAAUAACAAUGGAAGGCCGGAUGAUCGCCGCUCCGGUCAGUAUAAGCUGUACGAGGGCGCAUACCAGGAACCUGCAAAUACCAACGGGCACUGGGGCUCUUCUACGUUGAUAGCAGACCAACAGCAAGGGGCCACUGAGAAUGUGUGGCGGUCAACGCCUAACACCGGUCAGGGUUCGAACGGGGAGCCACCGGUACAGCUGCAGUCAAAUAACCCAUUCUUGAAGCCGAGGCCAGCAGAGCACAUUCAAGAUCUCUCAGACCACAAUCAGUGGGGGCGCGAUUCAUAUGCGACUUCAAAUAGUGAUUCAUUGAGUCUAACCGAGGGGUAUAUCCCGAUGACUGCCCGACUCUCUCUCUUGGAUGAGCCCGAAAAGGUUUCCCCAUGGGCUGAGGCUCCCCGUCCCCAUUCUCAUUCUGAGCAACGCGCCGUGUUAGGCGGCCAGCAAGUCGAUGAUGAUUCCCCAUGGGGGUCUCAACAGUCCAUCAAGGUCUCGGCUCCCCAAGAAAUAUAUCUACAAGGAAUGCAGCCUAGUCCAUAUGCCCCCGCGGCCGCUGUAAGGCCAUCUGACCUGCCUGAAGGGGAUGAGUAUGCCCCCGCACAUUAUGAAUCUUCAUCCAAUGCAGGGAGGCUCGGAUCAAAUGCUGGAAUCAACACUCCACCUGUCGCUCUAUCUACUGGGACAUCCGCCCCAUCCUGCGAAUUGAUUGAUUUGGGUGUGACGAGCGCUACUGCCUAUUCGGGGGACGAGACUGGGUCUCAUGCUAUGUCUUCGUUAUACUCAGAACCGCCCGUGAACGGGACAAGACCAUUGCCAGAGAAACAAAAACCUUUGUCUUCCACAGUGCAACAGCCACAGCAACGCCAAACGACCCACAACCUAUCUGCCGCAGAAGCUGCACGACAAAAGGAGCAGAGAUCAGAGACCUAUACUAUUCGACACGUCCGGUGGACCGAUCAAAGUGGUCAAUUGGUGGAAUCUCCAAUAUUGGUCCAAAAUCAAAACGGACCCUGUCCGCUGCUGGCCCUUAUAAAUGCAUUGGUACUGCGAGCGAACCCCAACACUCAUCCACCAAUUGUUAGAGCUCUGUCAACCCGCGAGCAAAUAUCUCUGGGCCUGCUAAUCGAGGCGAUGUUUGAAGAGCUGACAAUAUGCGUGGGCCCUGACGAGGAGUUUCCGGACAUCGAGGCCCUCACUCAAUUCCUGACAAUGUUGCAUACGGGCAUGAAUGUCAACCCACGCUUGAUAAUGGAUUCUACUGAAGGAUUUGGCACUUUCUUUGAAACCAGUGAUCUUCGACUAUACAGCACGUUUGGUAUACCAUUGAUCCAUGCCUGGUUAGCCCCUUGGUCCAGUCCUACUCAUGCCGCACUGUCACGCACUGCUCAGUAUUACGAGGAUGUUCAAAUGCUACCUUUUCGCAGACAAGAGGUUGAGGACCGGGUGGCGCGAGGCGAGUGCCUUAAACCUGAGGAAGAGAAUACCAUGGCAGAUAUAGAAAUCAUCCAACAAUUUGUCGAAAUUGAGAAUCCGACACAAUUAAGCCCGUUUGGCUUAACACAGCUCUCGACUGAGCUUGCGCCUGGAGCGGUUUCCAUUCUUUUCCGCAACGACCAUUUCUCGACUCUAUAUAAACACCCGCAAUCCCAUCAACUGUAUACUUUGGUUACCGAUGCCGGCUAUGCGGGCCAUGCCGAGGUAGUUUGGGAAUCCCUUGUCGAUGUGACAGGGUUUAACACAGAAUAUUACUCUGGCGACUUUCGCCCUGUGGGCGCUGGUCCUUCGGCCCCAUCCGUUCCCGGUCCCGCGCCCCGAGCAUUGACAGAGCCCACUCCUUCUCCAAAUGCCCAUGAAGCAUCGAAAUCCCCCGAGCCGACUCAGGAACAGAGUGAUGCAGAUUAUGCAUAUGCGCUCUCGCUUCAAUUCCAAGAAGAAGAGCAACGCGAAAAUGCUAGGAAUGAGCAAACUCGCGAUCGUCACACGUCUGCGAGUACUUCUUCCAACCGGCCAUCGCCUUCGCCUCGCUUGAGCAAUGUUCCUACUCGAACUUCAAGUAUUACCACUGCGGUUGGUUCUCAACCUAGACCCCCACAACAUGGCCCUGACCCCGAGGAUCCCAACGCACCACCUCCUCCCUAUGAGCAAGCUACUAGUGGGCCGCGCUAUUCGCCGCCUGACAGAAGGUCAUACGGUGGAGCCCCGGUUAACCCCCCGGUAAAUCAGUACCCCGGAAACCGGAAUUCGCGUCGAAAUCAGUAUUCUCAUCGACCCCGCCCUGUACGUACAGGGGACCAUACCAUAAUGGAGUCAGAUCGGAACAAAGAGUGCAUAGUGAUGUGA